ACCCUGUUUUGCAGUAGUGACAACCUUAUAUUAGCGUGUUGUAUACACGUGACGCUGAAUAUAACCUUAAAAUAAAACAAAAGUCAUGGGGCGCCAUAAAAAGGGUCGUUGUGUAAAAAGGAAUAAACAACUUAAUACAGAAGAAAGUCCGAAUAUAGUGAAUGCACCCCAUUCAUUUGUUAUUCACCGUGGAUUACCUGGAGAACAUAUUGCCGAACUGACUAGAGAUUUUCGGAAAAUCAUGGAACCAUUCACUGCAAUUUCUUUAAAGGAAAGGAAGAAAAAUACAAUAAAAGAUUUUGUAUCCAUUGCUAGUAUCCUUCACGUUACACAUAUGUGUAUGUUUACAAGAACAGAACAGGGAAUGUAUUUUAAACUUUGCAGGCUACCAAGAGGACCAACACUUACCUUUAAAAUACAUAGCUUCUGUUUAGCAAGGAAUGUAAUAUCUAUAUUAAAAAAGCAAAUGAUAUAUGAAGAGCUGUUUAAGAAUUCUCCAUUAGUAAUAUUAAAUAAUUUUAGUGGGGAAGGUAUGCAACUGAAGCUUAUUGCUUCCAUGUUUCAAAAUAUGUUUCCCACAAUAAAUUUGACUUCAGUUAAUUUAAGUACAAUUCGUCGAUGUUUAUGUUUAAAUUAUAAUUCAACGUCAGAAACAAUUGAUGUCCGACAUUACGCUAUUAGAGUUGUACCUGUUGGUUUGUCAAAAGGUGUUAAAAAAUUAGUUCAAGCUAAGGUACCAAAUCUGUCCAAAUGUGAGGAUUUUUCCGAUUUCUUGAAAAAGGAAACAGUUUCUGAAAGUGAAGCUGAAGAUGACCCUGCAAGUCACGUUACUUUGCCACAAACAUUGUCGUCGCGUGGUAAUCACGCAAAUAGCAAAAGUGCAAUUAGACUUUCCGAAUUAGGUCCCAGAUUGACAUUAGAGUUACUAAAAGUUGAGGAUGGACUCUUGGAUGGUGAAGUACUUUACCAUAAGUAUGUUCAAAAAUCAGAGGAAGAAAAAUUAUUAAUAAAGAAAAAACGAGAAGAGAAGAAAAAGUUAAAGGAGAAAAGGAAAAAGGUACAAGAUGAAAAUAAAAAACGAAAAGAACUUCAAAAACAAGAGCACAAAGAAAAAUCAUUAAAGGGAAUGGUGAAAAAGAAAGAAAGUGAAGUAUUAAUGCAAAAGAUUGCGAAAGAAUCAGUUGAAGGAAAUAAUAUAGAAGAUGAUGAUGCGCAAUAUUAUCGCGAGGAAGUAGGAGAAGAACCUGAUGACGAUCUUUUUGAAAAGAAAGUUGGUGAAAAAAGACCUAAAAAGUUCACCCCAAAGUACAAGGCAAAGAAACAAAAAACUUCAGGAGUCUUGAAAUAUUUUUCGUCAUUAUUUAUACAUCAUAUAACUAAGUCCAUAAUUCCAUAGUAAAAUUAUUUUUCGAAUCACAGAUUUAAUGGUAAGAUAUAUAUCACUGUCGAUUUAA